AUGCGUGUUAUAGCUUCAUUUAUCUUUGCUAUAUUUGCUUAUCGUUUAACUGAUUUUCAACGUUCAAUUAAUCGAUUUCUUAUUUUCUUUCUCACUAUAUUUAUCAAUUCAAUAUUUGGUUCGGCUGUAUGUUUCUUUAUUUCAGCUUGUAUUCCUGUAUUUGCUGUAGUUCUUACUGCAGUUAUACUUUGUUUUAUAAUGAUGAUGGCUCUUAGUGACUUUCUUGUUGAUUUAGAAAAUAUAAAUUUAACAUUUUGUUUAUCUAAUAAUACUCAUAUAUGUCCAAUGACAGGUGAAAAAGUAUUAACAGAACGUAAUAUUCCACAUAAUACAAAUUGGGAUAUAUGGAAAAAUUUACUUUUUAUAUCUAUUAUGGCUCUUGUAUUUUUUAUUAUGACUUAUAUUCGACUGUUAUGA